CCACCGCGUUGUAAUAAUGGUCUCUGUCACCUGUAUAAGAUUACCACCACUCUACGGCAUGGAAGAAUAUUAAAGAAAAAAAAAAAGACCUCGUAGUUGGAACAUAAGCCGUGGAUCCUGGUGUAUGGAAUCAAAAGGUUCAAUGGCAACUGAAGGGGAAGUGUUGGAGUACGUGUGUCGGGGACUGGACCAGGCCGUGUCUCUCCGCUACUCCCACGACGACCCCGCCCAGCGAUGGACGCACGCACUGUCCCACGGGUAAUGAUGGUGAUGAUGGUGGCGGUAAUGGCAGUGACGGCGACUUGGACUGACCAGCAGGCAACCUCAGGAGACCCCCAGGUGAAAGGUGGCCGCAGGAACUCCUCUGCUGAACUGCGCCAAGCACUUCAGUCCAUCUCCGCUGCCGUCCUUGACUCCCUGUCUAGGAGCGACCAUAGCUGCUCACAAGUGUGCGCUGAGGUGCUUCAGCCUGCCUGCAUUACAGAGUGCAGGAGGCGACGGCUGCCUAAUCUAGUGUGCCGCAUGGUGUGCUAUUCCUCCACGGUGAUGUGCUGCCGGUGCUCCACGUCCUGCCAGCGUCCCUUCCAGGAAUGCUUCACCGCCUGUGCGGAGAGCGACACCUGGUGCAAAGACUGCUGCAUCGAUGAGGUCAACAAAUGCUGCGACGACGACAUGAAUAUAGCACAGCAAAAGGAAGGAAAUGUUGAUGGGGAGUGAGUGAGAUUGUCAGAGCGACUGGUGUUUCGGUGAUCACGUCCGUCUGGUGAGUGGCGUCUUCUUAUGGAUAGUAGGGUGCCCGGACAUUUCGUCGACGGACACUUCGGCUCCGGACACUUCGUCGCCAGACAGUUAGUCGGACAGACACAUCGUCGCCGGACGAUUCGUCGAAUGGAUAUUUAGUCGAACAGCCUUUUUGCCGAACGGUCGUUUCGUCGCGAACGAUUGUUUUGUUGCAUAAUUCGACCAACCAGAUAAUCUCUCUCUCUCUCUCUCUCUCUCUCUCUCUCUCUCUCUCUCUCUCUCUCU